UAUGGGUGGGGAGGGUGGAAUGAUAGUGGAUGACGUCAUGAGAGGUUUUGACUGAGGCGGAAUGGUCGACAACUGCGUGACGGUGGGGGUUGUCGUCUUGUGCGGUGGGAUGACCCUGGUGAAGGUGGUGUUGGAUGAAGGCGGGGGUGUGGAUGACGUGCUAGCGGAGAGGGCGGUGGAUAUGGGGGAGGAGGUGAUUGGUGUAGAUGUGGAGGCGGAGGAUGGGGGAAGGGUGAUGUCACCCGAGGUGGGGGGGGGGAGACGUGGUGGUGACGACCUGGAUGGCGGGGGUUUGAUUUUCAAUGGCGGUCACGCGAGCGGAGAUGGUGGAAACAAACGUUUUGAUGUCGUCGAUGGAUGUCACUGUGCGGAGGAGUGUUGCAAAAUCGGUGGCGGCAUCGGGUGCUGAUGUUUGCUCGCCUGCGAGGCCGCGGGCGAUGCUGUCGAUGGAGUCGGUGCAGAUGCCGGACAUAUUGAUGCUGGAUGACUUGGCCAUGGUGGGGGAGGAAGCGGUGGCAGCGGCGGAUGAGGUGGCAGCAGCGGCAGCGUCAGCGGCUACGCGUUGAGAGUUCCUGGUUGAACGUGGCAUGCCCGGGGGGGGGGAGGGGGUCCUAUUUACAAGAGUAGAACGUCAUCAAGUGAUUUACCAAAGAAUAUAAUUUCCAAAAAAAAUAAAAUUUCCAAAACAAGAAUAAAAAUCAAUUAAUUCCGAUUCG